GUGUAACUUUUUUAAAAAUUUUGAAAGAAAACCAUUCCGAACCAAUCUCGGGACAUUUUGGAAUAUUCAAAACCUAUAAACGACUAAGUCUAAAUUACUAUUGGCCCAACAUGCAUAAGGAUGUAGUGAACUUUGUUUCAUCUUGUGAUUCAUGUUUAUCCCAUAAAAUACCCACUCAUAAUACAUUAGGAAAAAUGGGCAGGCCAAAAGAAUGCUUUCGCCCAUUUCAAAUGCUUUCAAUUGACCUGGCCGGCCCUUUACCCAAUACUCGAAAACAAAACUGUUACAUUUUCGUUGUGACAUGCUGCUUCUCUAAGUAUUGCUUAAUAUUUCCGUUACGAAGAGCCACGUCCGAUUUAAUAACUAAACACUUGGAAAAUGAUGUAUUUUUGGUACACGGAGUUCCACAGACUAUCGUGAUGGACAAUGGUAGUCAGUUUAUAAGCAAAGAGCUUGAUAAACUGCUUAAAACAUACAACAUCCCAAACAUCCACUUUACGCCUAAAUAUACUCCACAAAUAAAUACCGUAGAACGUUAUAACAAAACUAUUGUUACGGCAUUAUCAUCAUUCGUGGAAGAUGAUCAUAGGUCGUGGGAUGUUAAUAUUCCGAAGAUACAGUUUGCAAUCAACAAUUCUAUAAAUGAAACUACCGGCUUCACACCAUCCUUUCUAGUUCACGGAAGAGAGCUUGUUACGUCAGGGUCUCAUUAUAUCGACAACGAUACCUCAAACGAAUUUGUAUUUCUUCCGCGUGACUUGUAUGCAGAAAAUUUAGGUCAUUUGGCUGUCAUUUUUGAUAAAGUGCAAACCGCUCUUUGGCGAAGCCACGUAAAAAACACUGAAAGAUACAACUUAAGACGUAAACAUAUCGAGUUUAACGUCGGUGAUAACGUAUGGAAAAAAUGUUAUUUCUUAAGUGACAAAGAAGCUUAUUUCAGCAAGAAACUGGCACCCAAAUAUCAAAAAUGCAAGGUAUUAGAAAAGCGAUCUCCUUUAGUCUAUGUACUUGAAGAUCUCUCAGGUCGUAACAUAGGUGCAUGGCAUAUUAAGGAUUUAAAGUUAGUGAAUAAGUAUAAUUAGAUUUAUUUUAGUUUUAUUUUUAUUUAGUUUUAUUUUAUGCAGGGUAGGUAAAGAAUUUCACUUAGGCAAAAUUCUACUUAGGAAGGGCGGUACUGUAACGCGUCGAACAUAUUUUUAAAUUAAAAAUAAAACUUAUUUCUAAAAUAUAUAGACUAGUUAAAAAGUAAAUCUAAAAAAAUAUUUAUCUAUAUUUAAUUUUGUUAUUAAAUUAGGUCACACCUUUAUGUGCUACGGAACGCUUCUAACGUGUCAAAUGUCAAUGUCGCGUGGACAUUGACAAUCGCGAAGUCCACAGACUUUGGCAAUGACGUUUGAAAAUGAACGAGCACUUUUUUGAACGGUCUUGGAGAGAGCUACCGUAUUCUAAGAAAUAAUAAUCUUUACCCAAUUUAUUCUUGGUUUCACAAUUCCGAAUUUAAUUGUGUUCUUGAGAAGUUCCCAUACUGGGAACUUCCUUGAGACUUGGAUCGACGUGGGGAUCCCCUUUGGAAUCAAAAAGCCCUGCAGGCGCGAACCACGCGGAUUGAAGAAGCAAGGAGAGUGUGGUACCGAAAUUGCAGCGGACCUUAAGCCGGCCACACACACCCCGACCCUCUCAUCAGUUCUUUUUUUUAAUAAAUUUUUCUUUUGAAAUUA